AUGUCUCCUCCAUCCUCCUCCUCAUCCUCCUCCCCAGCCUCCGCCAUGAAUGCCACGUCUAAUCGCAACUCUGUCCCCAGAUCACGAGGUCCGCAGGCUCCCAAGAUAAUCGUCAAGAAAGAGCCCUCGUCCCCCGACAUCACAACCACUUCCCGACAUCGACCUCGACGACUCGACCUUUCCAGCAACGCACACAUCGUACACUCCUCCGGCGCCCUCACUGCACGUCCAUCCGGCCCCAUGAGCUCCAAGGACAGUGCCUCCCUCCAGGAUGUCGGUCUGGCAUGCCUGUCCCCCGGCUUCCACACACAAGACCCCACCAUGCGGGAACAGCUCCAGAGGAGCAUCGACGUGCGCGAGAGACAGAGGCAGAUCAUCGAGGCGCGCCAGAAGCAGGGCAAGGGCGGCAAUGUGGAUGAGGAUGCCUCUCGCCACGGCGAUGCGAACCCCUUCGGACGUCCCGUCAAGACGCCCACCACCUCGAGAAGGAAGGGACCUCCUCCAGGCCUCUCCAUCGCUCCUCCCUCCCACCAGCAGUUCGCCAACGAGCGCGUCGUCCAGUCCGCUCCCAUCAACCAGUCCUUCACCGGCCUCCGCAACGCUGGUCCCCCGUCUCGACAACUCGCAAACGUACCCUCGAACCUGUCGCAAACCUCGCACAUCCACCACGUCCCCGCGCACCAGACGAACAACAGGCUCCCUCCCAUCUCGGACGUCUUCCCCGAGCCAUUGAAUGCUCCCCGUAGCCACUACAACAACAGCCCCGGUCACUCUUCGCAUUCGAACCAGCAGCCACCUCUACCCUCCCCCGGGUUCCCUCCGCACAGCAGCCAACACCAGGCUCCUCCGUCUUCCCGACCGCGUGAGUACAAGUCUGCCGAGGAGGCUGUCCAGUCUCUGUCUGGCGGCCGCGAGGACCUCUUGCCCCGUCUCGUCCACUACGGUGGCCAUCAACCUCCCACGCCACCCUCGCCAAUGCCGAACAAGGCUGCUUCGUCUGCCUACCCGCCCCACCCAGAGCUCCACCGCAGCGGCAGCUCCAGGCGGAGGAACCGAGACGAAUACGAAAGAGAUAUGGGAACACCGCCUCUUGGACGUCAGCAAGCCCGUCCCGGUCCCUUCGGCGAGGGUCGCGACACACCGGAGACCCAGAGGAAGAAGAAGGAAGAAUUCAUCCAGCUCUGCUCGCGCGCCUGGGACCUGUUCCACUCGUGA